AUGUCUGCUCUAACGCCAGAAACAACAUUUGACGACUAUCUAAAUGAGCAGCUCAUCAAUUGUUUGAAUAUUCAGACUAAUGUUAUACAAAAUUUAGCACAAUAUUCUCGACAUAUUUCAUUUCAAUUAAUCGAAAUUAGGAAUAAUGUAGAAAUACUUGCAAACAGAUUAAUGAAUCUUCAACAAGAACAAUCUCAAUUUUUACCUCCAUUUCAUUUAUAUAUGCCACAACCGCCACCAUUCAAUUCUUUAUCAUAUUUUCAUCCAGCAUUACAGGUCUCUUCUCCAUUUAAUAAACCAUUCUUUUCAAAUAUACCUGAUUUAACACCAAACUCAGAAUCAAUUUCAUUUUUUCAAACAACAGAUCAGCAACCAUCACGUAAUGUUUUAGCUCCAUUUGUCUUUGGUCCAAUAAGUUUUAAUGGUGUCACUAAUCUACAUGAUGACAUUGAAGAUACAAAUGAUUCUGAUGAACUGUGUAUAUCAUUUAAACCUAGUGUACAUUUAUUACCUGUUGAAGUUAAAACAGGAGAAGAAGAUGAAGAUAUUUUAUUUUGUGAACGUGCAAAACUUUAUCGUUUUGAUUCAUCAACAAAUGAAAUGAAAGAACGUGGAAUUGGUGAAAUGAAAAUUUUACAACAUAAAACAACAAAUCUAUGUCGAAUAUUAAUGCGUCGUGAACAAAUCUUUAAAGUAUGUGCAAAUCAUAAAAUAACAUCACAAAUGGAAUUAACACCACAUCGAGAAAUACCUAAUGUUUAUCUUUGGUCAGCUAUGGAUUUUUCUGAUAGUGAAGCCAAACAUGAAACGUUUUGUAUAAAAUUUAAAACACAUGAACAAGCAACGCAAUUUGAAAAAAUAUUUGAUCAAGCAAGGGAAAUCAAUCAAAAUAAUAUCGAUAAUAUAUCAUCAAUUAAAAAUAUUUCAUUAAAUGAUGAUGAUAUAAUUAUCAUUGGUGAAGUUAAACCAACAUUAGAACAAAUCGAACAAGCAAAAAAACUUCAAUUACCAUUAACAUUCUAUCUAUAUGAAAAUAAACAGCCAUGUAAUGGUUGUCGUGGGUGUAAGGAAGAUUCAUCAUUGACUCAAUCGAAUGAAAAAUCUUCUCUGCCCCCGUUGAUGUCUAUGAUGCCCACUUGGUUUCCUACUGGAGUGGAUUCAUUUUCUUCUUUUAAUAUGCAUUCUCCUCCAAAAGACUAUCGAAUGAUAAUAAAAGCCAAACGUUCUCUACCAAGCAAUCGUUUACCUCCUCCACCACCACCACCAUCAUCAUCAUUACCAUCACAUUCUGAUCAUGAACAAACCUCUGUUGGAGUUGAUGCAGGAGAGGAAAUAGCAGCAGCUCAGACACAUCAAAAAAAGACACGAAAUUUCUCCAGUUAUAAUACUGACCCAUAUUUACUCAACAAUUAUGCUUCACAAAUGGCACAAACUAUUUUGGAUCGGGUAAAACAAGAACUUUAUAAUCUAAUUGUUGAGCAACAAGUCAUAGAAACAAACGAUGAUAAAACUACUACAUUACAAGAUGAUAAUCAGCCGUCCAGUUUUUCUAAUACUAAUACUAGUUCUAAUUCUAUUCAAUCCAUCAACGAAAAUUUAACAACAACAACUAAUAAUAAUAACAAUAAUAGUGAUCCGAUAUUUGGUAGUUUGACAUCCAUCAAACCAUUAAAUAGUAGUUUUCCUUUUUCUACUUUUGGUAAUGCAAAAACAUCAUCAAUUGAUUUACAACUUUCAAUUCCAUUCUCAUCAACAACAAAUAGUACUUCAACUAGUAAAUUAGGAUCAACAGAAAAUAUCCCUUUAUUUGGUAAUUUACAAAAUCUUAGUUUUUCUGAUGUAGCUAAGCAGGCAUUAGAUCACCCAUUGAUAGAUAAUAAUAAAGAAGCAAGAGUUUUUCCUGGACAAGGUUCAUUGAUAUUCGAUACGAACUCCACGAAUAUAAGUAAAACAGACAAGGAUAAUGAUGAAAAUCACGAUGAAGAUAAUGAACCAUCUAUGUCAUAUAAACCUAUUGUACAUUUAUUACCUGUUGAAGUUAAAACAGGAGAAGAAGAUGAAAAUAUUUUAUUUUGUGAACGUGCAAAACUUUAUCGUUUUGAUUCAUCAACAAAUGAAAUGAAAGAACGUGGAAUUGGUGAAAUGAAAAUUUUACAACAUAAAACAACAAAUCUAUGUCGAAUAUUAAUGCGUCGUGAACAAAUCUUCAAAGUAUGCGCAAAUCAUAGGAUAACAUCACAAAUGGAAUUAAAAGAACAUCAUGGUAAAGAAAAUGCUUAUAUAUGGUCAGCUAUGGAUUUUUCUGAUGGCCAAUCUAAACAUGAAAUACUAUGUAUAAGAUUUAAAACAAACGAUCAAGCUAAAAGAUUUUUUCAACAAUUUAAUGAUGCCAAACAAAUCAAUGCUAAUAUUCAACAGUGA